AAGAGAAACUGAGAGAAAGUGAGAGAAAAUCUUACCAAAAAUCUCCAUUAUCUUUCUCUCUCUGUCUCUGUAACGCAAACCUGCCAUCUAUACCUUCAGAUAGAUCUCAAUAAGACCAUACAUCUUUUUCUCCGUCUCUUAAGAGUACAUAUAUAGAUAGAUAUUGCUACAAAAAUAUCACAUAUAUACAUAUGCAAAUUCCCGGUUUGUGAAUUUUGGAGAUUUGGGUUUUUUGAGGGUUAAAUGGGAUAUAUAAAAACAGGGAUUUCUGAAACAGGAUCUUCCUUUUAGAGGGUGAAUUUUGUUUGUUGGAGAAAAUGGCAACAGAGCAAGCAUUGCCUUUCUCUGUUGUUUCUGUCGUGGAAGAAAUUCUUCAACAGCAUGAGACUUGGGCUAGAUCAAGAGGAAUUAAUUUGGCUUCAAGAAAAGCUGACGAAGCUUCCCUUAGAAGGUAUGAAGCAGCUGGGUGGCUUCGAAAAAUGAUUGAAGUUCUUGGGGGUAAAGAUUUUCCUUCAGAGCCCUCAGAAGAAGAAUUCCUGCUUCGUUUGCGAAGUGGGAUAAUUUUGUGCAAUGUCAUUAACAAGGUUCAACCUGGAGCAGUGCCAAAGGUCGUGGAAGGCCCUUGUGAUUCAAUUGCGGUUCCUGAUGGUGCACCUCUAUCUGCAUUUCAGUAUUUUGAAAACGUUAGGAACUUCCUUGUGGCUGUGGAGGAAAUGGGACUUCCAAAUUUUGAAGCCUCUGAUCUGGGAGAGGGAGGAAAGUCUGCAAGGGUUGUGAACUGCGUUUUAGCACUUAAAUCAUAUAGUGAGUGGAAACAAAGUGGUGCAAUUGGGACAUGGAAAUAUGGUGGAAGUUUAAAAACCCAACACAGUGGGGCUGGAAAACCCUUCAUGCGAAAAGCUACAGAACCUUUCAUGAAUUCCUUUUCACGGACCACAUCUUUCCCCAGUGAUGAUCACUCUUUAUAUGGUGAUCUUGGUCAUGACCUCAAUGAAGCAGGUGCUUCUAGUUCCUUGCAUAUGCUAGUCCGUGCAGUUCUUUCCAAUAAGAAGCAAGAAGAAAUACCAAAUGUUGUAGAAUCUAUGUUGAAUAAAGUCAUGGAGGAGUUUGAACGUCGGCUAGCAAGCCAACAAGAACUGAUGAAAACAACUGCAAACACAGCAUCUAGCCCUGGCAAGUCUCUUGAAGUAACUUCUAGUGAUACAAAGAUGGAAGAAGAAACUUCUACAGCAAUCAAAGCAGAAGAAGCUUCCACAGAAACCACAACAGGAGAAUGCUGUAAUCAAAAGGAUGACCAUAAAGAGGAACCAAAAAUUCAGUGUUUGAAGCAGCAAAUGAUGGUGCAGCAGCAAAUACAUAUUCAGGAACUCAAACAUACUCUUAACUCGACGAAAGCUGGAAUGCAGUUUUUGCAGAUUAAGUAUCAGGAGGAGUUCAACAAAUUGGGCAAGCACUUGCAUGGCCUAGCUCAUGCUGCUUCAGGAUAUCAGAGAGUCCUUGAAGAAAACCACAAAUUAUACAAUCAAGUUCAGGACCUAAAAGGAAAUAUUAGGGUAUACUGCCGAGUUAGACCCUUCCUGCGUGGGCAAAACUGUUUCAGUAUUGUGGAUCAUAUAGAGGAAGGAAACAUUACAAUAAUCACUCCCUCAAAAUAUGGGAAAGAGGGACGGAAAUCAUUUAAUUUCAACAAAGUUUUUGGUCCUAUGGCAACUCAAGAGGAAGUAUUUAAGGACACUCAGCCUUUGAUUCGGUCAGUUCUUGAUGGCUACAAUGUUUGUAUAUUUGCAUAUGGGCAGACAGGAUCAGGGAAAACUUACACUAUGAGUGGCCCCAAUGAACUUACAGAAGAGAGCCAAGGUGUAAACUAUAGGGCAUUGAGUGAUCUAUUUCUUCUCUCAGAUCAAAGGAAAGAAACUUUUCGCUAUGAAAUCUCAGUCCAGAUGCUAGAGAUUUACAAUGAGCAAGUGAGGGAUCUCCUUGCAAGUGUUGGUAUAAAUAGAAGAUUAGAAAUCCGCAACAGUUCUCAGAAUGGGAUUAAUGUACCUGAUGCAACCCAACUUGCUGUGUCCUCAACAGCUGAUGUCAUAAAUUUGAUGAACAUUGGGCAUAGGAAUCGUGCAGUGAGUGCUACAGCAAUGAACGACCGAAGCAGUCGUUCCCAUAGCUGCCUGACAGUUCAUGUCCAAGGGAAAAACCUCACAUCUGGAGCAGUGAUUCAUGGUUCUAUGCAUCUAGUUGACCUAGCAGGAAGCGAACGGGUUGACAAAUCUGAGGUGACUGGAGAUAGAUUGAAGGAAGCGCAACAUAUCAACAAAUCACUUUCUGCUUUAGGAGAUGUAAUAUCCUCCCUUGCUCAAAAAAGUUCUCAUGUGCCCUACAGGAACAGUAAACUCACUCAACUACUCCAAGAUUCACUUGGAGGACAGGCCAAGACUCUCAUGUUUGUCCACAUAAGUCCUGAACAUGAAGCUCUUGGAGAAACAAUUAGUACACUUAAAUUUGCUGAACGGGUUGCCACAGUUGAGCUUGGUGCCGCUCGAGUUAAUAAGGAUAGUUCUGAGGUGAAGGAGUUAAAAGAGCAGAUUGCCACCCUUAAGGCAGCCUUAGCUAGGAAAGAGGGAGGCUCAGAGAACUCACAAAAUUCUCAAUCCAGCUCCCCAGAAAGACUUAGGAUGAAGCCAGGCGGACAUUCUGGUUCUCAACAUAGUUGGCAAGGAGCUGGAGAUAACAGUAACAGGCAAUCACUGGAUGCUGCUGCCAGUAGCAUAGAGAUGAGGAGUAAUUCUUCAUCUACCUCGGGAAGACGAAGCUUGGAUCUCAAUGAUUUGCAGACAAAGUCACCUUUUUGGCCACCCGUUGGCAGUCCUGCACAGAAUGGAAAAGAGGAUGAUAAAGAAUCAGCCUCUGGUGACUGGGUAGAUAAGGUCAUGGUGAAUAGGUAUGACAAUGGAGGUGGAGAGGAAAAUCUUCUGGGACAAUGGGAACUAGAUAGCAGACAAUUGCCUGAGCCAUUUUAUCAGGGCUAUAAUCGAGAUCCUUCGAAGAUUUACCCAGAACAACCUUGUAAUAAUAAAAAUCCUACUUCAAAUAAUAAGGACAACCGAGAAUUUGAUGCACAGAGUCGUCGGUUUGAGGUUAUAUCCACUGAUUCUGAUGAGCUUGAGAUCACAUCAAGUGAGUGUUCUGAGCCAGACUUGCUAUGGCAAUCUAAUCUUCCUAGACUGAGUGGCAUUCCCAAUGGGUUGGGAUCUAAGCCAAGGAAGAUUAAUGUUAAGGCAAUAAGGAGACCAGAAAUCAAGAGUUUGAUUCCAUCACUGAUUCCUUCUCCAUCAAAGAAAGCAAAUGGGGUCAGUCCUGUCAAAAGCAAGCCUGUAAGACAUCCAUUUACUGCUGAUGUGAAGAGGAAAACUGCCUUUGGAAAGUGAGAAUUCUACCAUCAUUUGCUGGAGGAGGUGGCCAUAUGUUUUUUUUUUUUUUAAAAUUAUUUUAUAAUACCCUUUUUGUGUAUUUACCAUUAUCACUUAGUUUUAGAGAAAGAGCAGGGAGAAAGAUUGCUGAUCUCGAUUUGCUAAUACGGGGGGUUUUCCUCUUGUGAUUUUUCCUCUUCUUUUUUUUUGUUGUCCUCUUUUUACAUUUGCAUUUGCAGUUAUUGUAAACAGAAUGGGAAUAUGAAAAGGAAAGAUAAAGAAAUUGGAUCA